AUGUCGACACCUGAGCCCGCCAACGGUGCUCCUUCCACCUCGAUUCAGAACCUGACCAAAAAGUUCAGACAUCUUGGACGUCUUCCCUCGAGUUGGAUCAAAGCAUCGGACGAUCGGACACCCCCAGAACAAUCCUACCUCUGCGACACUUGCCUUCAUCUCGACCUGAACCUCGGGUCGUUCUACAUUCAUGACGAUGUUGAUAAUCGUGACUUUGAAAGGACGCACAAGCCCCGAUAUUUGGGCAGACUAUCUCACAUCCGCCAAAAAACCCAUUGCCCUCACUGCCGCCUGGUGCUGGAGAUAGCCGACCGUCCUUCUGAUCAACGCAGCCCCAGUCUCCACGCCGACGAUGAUCCGUUGUGCUAUGCACGAUGGGUGGUAGAUGGGCAGGAAGAUUUAGGGCCGGUCCCCAAUCGCCCUGGAGAACAUAUCUUCAAGCCCCGAACACGUCGGUUACUGAUAUAUAGUGAUCCUCAGGCAUUUAAAGAUGGAUAUAUCGUCCUCCUUGCGGACGACGCACCCAGCCGAGAAUUCUUCGGGCGCAGAAUUACCUCUCAUGACCUGCUGGAUCCUGAACAACUUCGCCAGUGGCUGCACGACUGCGAAACCUCCCACGGGAUGGAGUGUGAAGAGUCGCUGGUCCAUCCUGACCUCUUGGGACAACCGAAGGAUGUCUUUCGUGCGAUCGACGUGGACAAGAUGUGCAUUGUCGAAACUGCCCAGUCAUCCCGCUAUGUCGCCUUGAGUUAUCUGUGGGGCAAGAACUUCGCCCAGCUGUUUACGACCUCGAAAAACCUGCCGAAACUGUCACAACCGGGGGCGCUGGAUAAGGAAAAACUUCCGCGGACGAUCAAGGACGCCAUCAAGCUCACCAAAAUGCUGGGAGAGAAGUAUCUGUGGACGGACAGCCUGGCACUAUUGCACGACGACGGAUUUCAGUAUCAUGAUGACUGGGUGUAUGCCAGAGCCGCUCUGACCGUGGUGGCGGGUUCGGGCAAAGAUGCGAAUGCAGGCCUACCGGGAGUAAGGAAAGAGUCUCGGACAUUCCAUCAAGAGAUCGAACAGGUCAAGCCUGGCUUGCGACUGAUGGUGUCACACCUUGCUGAAGAUUAUAUUUCAACCUCACAAUGGGAUUCUCGCGCCUGGACCUUCCAGGAGAGAAUGCUUUCAAGGCGGUGUCUCCUGUUCGUAAAUGGGCGGAUAUACUAUCAGUGUCGGCGGACGACGUUCUGCGAAGAUAUGGAGAUGCCGCGGUCCAAUGGCUGGUCAUUGGAUUCGAUCGACAUGCCAACCCGAAUCUUUCGCGAGAAACCCUUCGUCCAGUUCACGUCGGCCGUGGAGCUAUACACCCGACGAGAGUUGACGAACCCCAAUGACAUCCUGAACGCCUUCGAAGGGGUGCAGCUGGUGUUGGAGAAAAGAAUCGGAGAUCAAAUCUUCUAUGGCAUACUGGAGACAAUGAUGGAUCCGUCUUUGCUGUGGGAGUCGACGAAAAGGUUGUUUCGACGAACCGGGUUCCCAAGUUGGUCGUGGUCCGGUUGGAUAGGGGAGACACAAUGGAAGUACAACGAGGUCGCUCGCUCGUGGAUUGAAUGGCAUGCUGAUCAGGCCUUCGGCAUCCAUCCCUUCCCCAAACAAGCUUAUGAACGGAUACCACCACCAAUACCCCAACCCGAGGACCUUGGACCCAUGUCGCGCCACAGACUGAGCACCAUGCUUCCUCUAUUACACUUCCGAACAGUCACGGUACAAUUCAAACUCACAUCACCGGCACUGAUUCACAAAUCAGUAAUUUCACCCUUGAGGAAGAGGCUCACUGGCCCAAGCGCUCUGUCGACAGUACGACCCGCUCCCGCAGACCCCGGACUGAUCAGAGCAGGAAUCGCUGAUCGGAAUGGAUUGUGGUGUGGCACUAUUGACCUUGAUGCAGCUUGGAUGCACCGUGUUGGGACACCCCUAGAGUUCUUGGUCAUGUCCAGGGUAAGCAAGUUUACCGAUGAUGAACUGGCUAUCUGGGAGGGCACAUUACCGGAUGACGUGGAGGACUUGUUGGCGCAACGGGAUUAUGGCGUUUAUAUUGUCUUGCUGGUCUCCAAGAAAGACGGCAUAUAUUAUCGUGAAGGGCUAGGACGGAUACUGACAAACGCGCUGGACAGGGCCCUCGAGCCCGGGCCUCAAUGGGAGGAGAUAGUGCUUGGCUGA